ACAUCGUUCGCUGGGCUGGGUCAAGACGACGAUUCAAUCGCGCACCCCGUGAAGUACUAUGUAAUUGAGCCCACUCUUAUUCCGCCAACAUUCAAUCCAUGGGCACUUACAAGCAAGGCAGAUUACCAUGACGAUACCUUCGAGGGAGACGAAACUGAGAUUGAAUCAAUAACGGUUUUGGAUUCGCAGACCGAGAGACUCGUCCGCAGUCGACAUCCAUCUCUCCGACAGAGGAAUGUCUGGGUCACGCAGCCCGAGUUCGGUCAAGUUUUCUGGUUCGUGGACUCACCACUCGACAGCUCGAAAAGCGUCUAUGCUGGCGGAAGACCGAUACAUUACUUCCCCGGAAGGUAUGAUGCCUACAUCAGUCGCAGAGUCAGCAAGCCUUAUGGCGAUGGACGCAAUUGGUAUCCGACGCGAAACAUCAACCCAAGGCGAUUCCUCAGACCAGCCCAACUAGAAUCUGUUCGAAACGCGUUUCCGAAGGCCAUAGGUGUCGAGAUCCGUGUUGCAGGGUUCAUGGUUGUCUUGUACGAGCAUAUGAAAUAUGUACGCCUUAGGUACCGUCACAAUUGGCCAUUAUGGUUCGCCGGUCUUCGAGUGGAGUACGAUGUCGCUCUGGACGGUUGUACGGCAGCAGCGAUCGAGCACAAGCUAGACGUGGAUGCUGCGCAAACGAGAGGAUCAGAGACCACGAGAAGCCAAUGUCGAGCUCAUUCCGCGUGUGUUGGACUGAAGGUGAUGUUGCAGAAUGGCUCCGUCGCUAUCACCACCAGAACGCAUGACAUGAUGAGCCUCGCCAUCUCCUGUCAACCACGAGAAUCCAUGGGUUUUGCAUUCCAGGAAUGGGUAGCCAAAAUAAGAGGGCUGGUGAUGACAUGUCGGUCAAUUUGGGCUCGCAGGUGCCACGGAUUGACGAACCACUCUGCUGGAACCGGCGCUAGUCUUAGCUCCCUUAAGGAAGAUCCUGCGACUGUCAUAUACACCUACGAUCAGCCGAGCCCCACAAAAUCAUACCCAACAGGGUAUGAUUACGACCUUUCUUUGAUCAUGAACCCCGUUCUCCCAAAGCUGAGCAGCCCACCAGGAUACCCACCCAUAACAGGCUGGGGCGAAUGCUCUGCAGCUCUUCGGGGAGAUGAUGCAUAUGUUGUCUGUCAGGUGGUGGAAGUCGACAGCCCGUGCGAUGCGAGUCAUACUUCGCACUCGACACAAUUUGAAAGGGCAGUGGUCCUUGGGACCGGAUACACAUGGAACAGAAAGAAACUGUCUCAAAGCGUAUAUCUACUAUGGCAUACAGCAGGGAAUGAUUCACCAGGGGCCCCUUUGUGCCUAGGGCGGCCCUCAGAUGUGUCCGCGAAAGCAGUUGUGUUUCAAAAAUUUCAGCGAUCAAUCCACCUUGGCAGCCCCAGACAUGGCCCAGGAGCGAACAAAGAGCAACGAGUUUGUGUAUCAGCGGGUUUCUCCUUCCGGCAGAAAUGA